GGGUGCGAGAGUUUCUCGUUCAGAAUGGUUUGUGAAUGUUGUCAAAAUCCUUACUGUGAGUUCAUAUGGAGGUAUUACACCCCAAUUGUCCGGAUAUGGGGCAUGGGGACCGCUGCAGCUUUCUGGGCAGUAGGGAUCACAGCAUUGCAAAGAAACGAUCCCAAUCCUGAUCCCGAUCUCUAUGGCAUUUAUUUUAUUGUUGUUGCUUCCAUCAUCACACUCCUUGAGGUGAUCUUCUUCUUUGAACCGUGUUUUGAGAAAUGCUGCUCACCAGACAAUUGUUGUGGGAAGACUUGGACGGUUGUCUCUUGGCUGGACAACUGGAAACGAAGUGCCAUCUACAUUGCACUCUCGGUCAUCUGUUUUUUGGACCACAAAAAUGUUUGGGCGAUUGUUGCAGGAGUUGUAUUGGACCUCCUCGCAAUAUUGUACCUCCUGCGCACAUACCAGGAGCAAGCCCUCCGCCAUGCCGCUAGCGAGUUGACCCCCCAGCCAGCCCCUGCCCCCUCCACCACCAAGUACACCCGCUUCGACGAGCGGCAGAGCACCAAGAGAGAGACAGACACCCCAGCGCCUGUGUCCCAGGAGCCAGAAUCCGAUGACGACUACUUCAAGACAGAAUCCAAGAACCCGUUUGGGGAUUUUGAUGACGAUGAUGCCGAUCCUGAAGGCGACGCUGGCAUAUCUCGGUAUCCGUAGUGUUGAACUAAGCACCAGACGUUCUUGGUGGAUGGUGUACCAUCAGCUCGAGUCAGGCAAGGAUUCAAGGUUGGAUGUUUGUAAGAUGAUGGAUAUACAAACAACUGUAAAUCUUAAUACCCAAAGACUGUAUCAAAUUGGAUGCAAAUUCAGUUCGGCAUUAUGUUUUUAUAAUUUGUGGGGGAUGCUAGUUUAGAAAAAUUAAUAUUUUGUAUAAACAAAAAUAAUAAGAAAAUUUUGCCUUUUUCAAACGAAUAUCUGUAGCUACAUGGAAAUAUUUUCUGUUAUCACACCAUCGAGAAAAGCGAAAAAUCGAUCUUUUAAAAUGUGUGUAACAUUGCAACUAUAGGAUUUUUAAAAUAUACAAUAUAGAAAAACAGCUGCAGGGUGUGCAUUUGUCAUGCAGACCAGGUGAUCAAGACCUCUCGGCCAUUCGCACUUUGUGUCCUUUUUUUGAGAGAAACUGAAAUGUGUCACUAUCUUAUAGUUUCCAUCUCCUUCAGUAACUUUGUUCUUUCAUUAACAGAUUUAUUUAUAAAUGGUGGUUGGCUUUCUUUUUGAGGUUCAGCUUAGUUUUAGUGCAAUGUGGCAUUCAAAGCAGGAUUAUUUGUAAGACCAAGAGUUUAUCUUCUAAAAAUGGUACUUGUGUACAUAUUCGCAUUUGCUACUUUUGCUUUCAUAAAUUAUAUUAUUAACUAGGGGAUGUAGUCGUGGUUAUGGAUGUGUACUGUAUGUAAGAUUCUGUACUGUCAUACAUAUGGAUUGGCAAUGAUCGAGCUCACUUGUGCAUCUCUAUGCACCCUACGGGACUGUGACAAAGCAGAACUUGGCAGAAGAGGGUCCUAUUUCCCGAGGCUAAAGGGCAAGAGAAGAUUGUCCAAUUUCUGGAGACAUUUGUAUAACAAUCUUUUGGUCACUCACAGUUCCUUCUAGAUGCAAUGAAGUCACUGCCCCUCCAUGUGUAUAAUUGAUUGGGCCCAAAUGCGGUAAGGUGUGCUUCGUACUUGGUACUUCUCAGAGAAUCUGACAAGUUCUGACAAGUUCAACAAAAACACACAGAGGAUUUGGGGUUCAAGCAAAUCUAAAUUAAGGUGUGUUACUCUGUAAAAGGUUAACAUAUACAAUGUACUGAGCAAUAUCUCUUGAAUAAUUCAUUAACUUCAGAGACACCUUGUCUUCAUUGCUUUACUGCGAAGGUUUCUAUUUUUCUAAUUCUAUUUCGGUGCUAAAAUGUUCUUGGUGUGAGAAAUAAACUAGUUUAAGAUAAACACAACACAAGGUUUUAGAGUAAUUUUAUAAUUUUAUUGAUGGAGAUCCACAGCACUGUAAUCAGAAAAGAUUCAGUGCCCAGGCUAAAUCUCAGUACAUGAAAACCAAAAUGGCUAUCCUGUGGUGAGCAUAUGUAGUUGAAAUUGAAUGCAAUGCAAUGAUUUCUCUGAUUUUAU